AUGAUUAAAGGAAAGCCCUUUGAUCUCAGCAUCAAAAGCCAUUCACACAGACAACUAAACAUUGGUCUCAAGAAUGAGAGGACCAAAACCAUACAAGAAUAUCCCAAUUUAUACGCCACUUCUCAGUAUCAAUCGCUUCAAUAUCUGCAUUCAUUAACGAGUGCUAAAUGUCUGUCCCCUCAAAACUACUCACCAAAUGGUGACCUCUCGAAGCCGGCGCUCAUCCCAUUGGAAGCCAUCAAUUCAAGUCUUCGUUUGUCGCCGUCUUCGUCGCCGCAUCACAUCUCACGACACUUGCAGUCGACGGCGCCGUUCAUGACAUUUGGAUUUGGAAAUUGUGCUAAUUUUGGUUACAAUGAGAACAAGAAUGUGUUGACCUCUCCAUCGCUAUACUACCAGAAUCGACACCUCGAUUAUCCCAUAUCUCCACCGCAGACACCAAUUCUACGCUCAGACCGUUUAGUACCCAAUAAUUAUAGUUCAAGUACUUUGGAGACCAGUCCUCGCCAUCACAGCCGACACGCAGUCGUAUCGCCGGUUCACUCAGAAUACAGACCGCAAUAUCUGUCCUCCAAUUGGAGCGAACAUUUGCCUCUCAAGACCGCCAACGGAUCCCUCAAUAUAUCGUCGCCGACGCCGAGUCUCAAUGGAUCAGACGAUUCCGGUCGAGGAAGUGUCCACUCGAGAGGUUCGGUGGUGUCGAGCGAAUCACACAAAAUGGACAAAAAUGGCAAAUCACGGAAACCAGUGAACUCGGAUGCGAGUGGGACUCGUUAUCACUGCACGGAUUGCAAUAAAAGUUAUUCAACAUUUAGUGGUCUCUCAAAACAUCAAGAAUUUCAUUGUUCAACACAAACGAAGAAAGCGUUCAGUUGUAAGCAUUGCGAAAAAGUUUACGUCUCAUUGGGAGCAUUGAAAAUGCAUAUCAGAACCCAUACGCUUCCCUGUAAGUGCAAACUCUGCGGCAAAGCCUUCUCCAGACCCUGGCUAUUACAAGGUCACAUCCGUACUCAUACGGGAGAAAAGCCGUUUCAGUGCGAGUUCUGCAGCCGAGCGUUUGCCGAUCGGUCUAACCUGAGAGCACACCUUCAGACCCAUUCCGAUGUGAAGAAGUAUAGCUGCAAAACGUGUAGCAAAACGUUUUCGCGAAUGUCUUUACUAUCGAAACACGAAGACGGCGGAUGUGCCGGCGCUAACCAUAGGGUCCAAUAGUUGUAUAUCGUUUUUGCUACACUUCAUCACUAGUCCACAGUUUAAAUGCCAC